CUGUUGGAUCGUGGUGUCCCAAUCGAUGCUGCAGACAACAAAGGAUGGACGGCGCUGAUGCAGGCUUCGUCUGAGGGGCAAACAGAUAUGAUAUCGCUAUUGUUGAGGAAUGGAGCUAGCAUUAAUAAGCAACGGCCUGACGGGACUGCAGCUCUUGCUCUUGCGUGUGAGUUCGGGCACGUGAAUGCCGCACGGACUCUCAUUGCUGGUGGUGCAGAGAUUGAUAUGAAGGAUGCACAGGGGAAUACCCCACUGAUGUUGGCGGCGCUAAAAGGCCACGCCUCUGUGGUGCACGUGCUC